AUGUCUACUGAACAAGAUUUGAAAAAAACUAAAAUUAAUGAUACUUUAAAAAUUUAUAAAAGAUCAGAAAAUGCAACAUUACCAACAAAAGGUUCAGUUUUAGCAGCUGGUUAUGAUAUUUAUAGUUCUGAAGAAUCUUUAGUUCCAUCUUAUGGUCAAGCUUUAGUCUCUACUGAUAUUUCCAUCAUUGUUCCAGUUGGUACUUAUGGUCGUGUUGCUCCUCGUUCUGGUCUUGCUGUUAAACAUGGUAUUUCAACAGGUGCAGGUGUUAUUGAUGCAGAUUAUAGAGGUGAAGUUAAAAUUGUACUUUUUAAUCAUUCCAAAGUUGAUUUUCAAAUUAAAAAAGGUGAAAGGAUUGCUCAAUUAGUUUUAGAAAAAAUUGUUAAUGCUGAUAUACAGGAAAUUAAUAUUGAUGAAUUAGAUAAUACUGAACGUGGUGUUGGUGGAUUUGGUUCUACAGGUAAAUAA